AUGCGCAAGCAGUGCGGGCAGCGUGUCUAUCCGCUGGAUGGCCGAUCUUUGUGGCGAGUAAGGCCAAAAAAAGAGGUGGCAGAGUUAAAUGUAAGGGACUCCGAUGUAAGAGUGUGUGAUGAAUCGUCGUGUAAAUACGGAGGAGUGUGCAAGGAAGAGGGCGAUGGCUUGAAAUGUGCGUGUCAGUUCCAGUGUCACACAAACUAUAUUCCUGUUUGUGGAUCAAACGGAGACACUUACCAAAACGAAUGCUUCCUCAGGAGAGCUUCUUGCAAGCAUCAGAAAGAGAUAACAGUGGUGUCAAGAGGACCUUGUUAUUCUGAUAAUGGCUCUGGGUCAGGAGAAGGAGAGUAUGAAGGAUCUGGGACAGAAGUUCAGAGAAAGCACUCAAAAUGUGGAGUUUGCAAAUAUAGGGCUGAGUGUGAUGAAGAUGCAGAAAAUGUUGGGUGUGUGUGUAAUAUAGACUGCAGUGGAUACAGCUUUAAUCCUGUAUGUGCUUCUGAUGGAAGUUCCUAUAACAAUCCAUGCUUUGUUAGAGAAGCAUCAUGUCUGAGGCAAGAGCAGAUCGACAUCAGGCAUCUUGGACACUGCUCAGAAACAGAUGACACAAACGCAGUUGGAAAGAAAGACGAUGGCAUGCAGUAUCGGCCAGAGGUGAAAGGUACUGUGCUGACGUUGUGCUGUUUGGGUAUGGUUUCGCGAGAUGAGAAAAUGGAGCGCGCAGGUCCCUUCUUGUCUGCCUCGCAGGUUUGA